CGCUGCACCACUAAUCGUAUCAGCCGAAUGUCAUGAGUGGAAGGGUUGCUGGUGCGCUUCUAGCGACAGUUACUGGGGUGCUCACAGCAACUUAUGCCUUGCAACCUGCUUUACAGGAGCAGCAGCGGAAACGGUUUGAAGAAGAGCACAGCAAGGCAGAGAACAAUUCACCGCUCGUUCCAGCGCCAAGAGAAGCUGCUCAGCAGACCAUUAGCAAUGCCCAACCUGAUAUAGGAAAAACAAAAAAUGCCACAUCUGAGCCUUCAAAGGCAGCACCAUCAUCCUGGUCUUCGAUAGGCCGUUGGGCGGGGCUAAGCAAGGUUGAGCAGAAAAGUUCCGAUCCACCCAAGGAAACACCACCUGCCAACUCGCAGCAGGGUGAAUCCUAGCUUCAUUAAUGAACACCUGAAGCGGAACAGACGGGGUGCUACUGGGAAUAAUUCCAUCAUUGGCAGAUGAUGACUUCGUCACGUUAAAUCAGAGGUAUCACAGUGCUAAGUGGAGCUCACCAGAAGAGC